GGGAGACUAAAAAGACUAUAAUGACUAUAAGACUUAACUUUUUGAUAGUACGACAUUUUAACUCAACCACAAGUUGCACCACUACCCUAAAAAAGGUACCAAUAACAAGGGUAUAAAGAGGGAGGGUGAGGCUAAAGAGGAGUUGAUGAGCUUGAUUACAACUCAAUAGUAGUAGUAGUUUUAUGGCAAUUGCAGCCACCAUGAGCCAAGACAACAACAGCAAAGAUGAUCAUGAUGAGCAUGACCACGACCUCGUCAUGCCUGGUUUUCGCUUCCACCCUACCGAGGAAGAACUCAUCGAGUUCUACCUUCGCCGUAAGGUUGAGGGCAAGCGUUUCAACGUCGAACUCAUCACCUUCCUUGAUCUCUAUCGCUACGACCCUUGGGAACUUCCUGCCAUGGCAGCGAUCGGAGAGAAGGAAUGGUUCUUCUAUGUGCCUAGAGACCGCAAGUAUCGAAAUGGAGAUCGUCCUAACCGUGUAACAACUUCUGGGUAUUGGAAGGCUACGGGAGCUGACAGAAUGAUCAGAACUGAAAACCGGUCAAUUGGGCUGAAGAAAACCCUUGUUUUCUACUCCGGGAAGGCUCCCAAAGGCAUCCGGACUAGUUGGAUCAUGAACGAAUACCGGUUGCCACACCAUGAAACAGAAAGGUUACAAAAGGCAGAAAUUUCACUUUGUCGUGUCUACAAAAGACCCGGUGUAGAAGACCAUCCAUCGCUCCCUCGUUCACUCCCGACAAGGGCAUCCUCAUCAAGGACCACACAGUUUGACAAAAAGCAACAUGGCACACCCAAUUAUGCUUCCAUAGAUAGCUUCCAAGCUUUUGGGGGCCAAUCUCAGGUAGAUGACACUGAAAAAUUGAGCGAAACAAGCACAAGUAGUAGCGCAGACAUUGGGACAGCGCUCGGGCUUUCCAAACAUAACUCAUACAUAGCAUUAGCCUCAAUGACCUCCUCACUUGCACCACCGCAAGCUUCAAUUGAAGAUGAUGGCUUUUUGCUACAACAACAGUCUAAACAAGCUCUCUCUUUAGUCCCCAAUUGCACCACAGUCUAUGCAGGCUCUUCUUUGGUGCCUCAGUAUGCUGUUGAUGAUCUCCAUAGGCUAGUUAACUUCCAACAAGCUUCAAUCAGUCAACAGUAUCAAAAUCAUCACUACCAGUACCAUCCGGCUCAGUUGUCCCCUCCCUUGCCACCACAAUUACAGUCACUGCCGCCUCUCAACAUGCCGCCAAGCUCACUUCAGGCCAGCUUCCCGGAGAGACUCUGGGAGUGGAACUCAAUCACAGAGGGAAACAAAGACUACACCAACCAUUUCAACCAUGAGAAUGAGAAAGCCGUGACUGAUCCCACAGAGUGACUAGAGACAAAAGAAGGUACCUUGGGAUUAUUGGAGAAGGGUAUUGGACACAUCCCACAAGCCAAUAUUCACAAAUGAAGACAGUAAAGAUUUGUCCCACUUUGUUUAUAUUUUGUUGGUGUAGUAGGGACUAACUAACCCACAUAAACCAAAAGCAAAAACAAAAAUGUCUUUGAUGAUCACUGUUUUAUAAUGAAUUGUAAAAUUUAACUUCAAAUGGUCAGACCUAGGAGGUAAAUCAUCAACAACUCCUGAAUUCAGUAUUAAGAAUUGUCCUUUCUAUAGCAUGCAACAAUCCUAUGAGAGCCUCUCUCUCUGUCUUGCAACAAUAUUCACCUUGGGAUCUGAUUUAUAUUCAUGUGUGUUUAUUGCAGUUUAUUCAGAUUGCUUAUAGAUUUUUUGGGGGGUAUAUUAAACUUUUUACUCGUAUGAUUUGAUUCAAAUUUCACUUUAAUAUUUACAUUUUAAGUUUAGUGUCAAUUUUGUUCUUCCAUUCAAAUUAUCAUUAAUUAUUUAUAUGUGUGCACUUCAAAAUGAUUGACACUUGUCACAAAAUUGUUAAUUUGAAUGGAGUGACUAAACUGAAGCUAUAUAUGAAGUGUAAGAACUAGUGUGUUCAGGGAAGGAAUAUUU